AUGUCCUUAGGCGAUUCUCCACAUGGAAGUGAUGGAAAUCCACUAAGAGCUCCAAUAUCUCUUGCUCUAGAAAUGAGGUCUAAGGGGUUGGAUGGAUUAGUUUGGGCAAUGAUCCUAUGGCCUCCAAGGUGUAUGCGAACUCGAUCGAGUCGGUCUACAGAAGACUUGGUCGAGCUAGACUUUACAACGGGUAGAAAGAGGGUUCAGAGGUCACAGAGGGUACAAGAGGAACCUGAGGUGCUUGUUGCUGAUACAAUGGAUGUACCAGAGGGGAAUGGAAACCCUUUGGGCAAUGGACUCGGUCGAGCUAGGCAAACUCGACCGAUUGGUCAAGGAGAUGCUCCAAACCGCCACCAACAGAGACAAGGGAUUGUUCCACCACCAGUGCAGAACCACAACUUUGAGAUCAAGCUGGGAAUGAUCAACCUUGUCCAGAACAAGAUGUUCCAUGGAUUGCCAAGUGAAGACCCCAUUGACCACCUUGAUGAGUUUGAUAGGCUUUGUGAUUUGACAAAGAUCAAUGGUGUCUCUGAAGAUGCCAUCAAGCUGAGACUCUUUCCUAUGUCUCUAGCUGACAAAGCUCACCAAUGGGAGAAGAGCUUGCCCCAUGGCACAAUCACCACUUGGGAUGAAUGCAAGAAGGCCUUUCUUGCUAAGUUUUUCUCCACCGGUCGCACAGCCAAGCUUAGAGGAGAGAUAUCCAGCUUCAUCCAGCGAAACAAUGAGACAUUCGCAGAGGCUUGGGAGAGGUAUAGGGAGAUGCUAGACACAGCUAGCAAUGGGAACUUCCUCAACCAGGAUGUAGAUGAUGGCUGGCAACUUGUGGAGAACAUAGCUAACUCAAAUGGAAGCUAUGGAGAAGAGUAUGAUCGCACCAACCGGAGCUCGACCCACCACUCGAUCGAGUCAGACGAAAAGUUGAGAAAAGAUGUUAAGGCAUUGAAUGAGAAGUUGGAUAAGCUGAUCCUAGCUCAGUCCACAAUGAAGAAAGUCAACUUUGUGUCUGCUGAGGAGAUGGAACCAGUCCAAGAAGGGGAGGAUACACAAUUUGCUGAGGUGUGCUACAUGAGCAAUGGGCAAGGAGGUUACAACAAAGGAUACUAUAAUUACAAGUCCAACCCUGCCAUGUCAUACCGCAACACUGAUGUUGCUAACCCUCAGGACCAAGUCUAUCCUCAACAACAAGCAGCUCGAUCGAGUCAAGCCACAACAUGGGUAUGGUCAAAAGAACAAUUACCAAGGACCACAAGGCACUUUCCCUGGACAACAAAUGAAUAUCCCACCAGGCUUCCCCCACCAACCGCCCCAGCCUGCACCUUCACAAGAGAAUGA